AUGGGAGGAGUAAAUUCAAAGAAACUCAAGGCGAUACACGGCUUCACGAAAAAAUCAAUUGUUGGAAGCAGAGAAGAACUUACCGAAUGUGAGUAUAACUGAGUCACUUAGCCUGAAUAUAACUUUUAAAAGUCGUAGAGCUGAUAGUUUCUCCGAGUUUUUGGACGGGUUAGAGGUAUCUAGGCUUCUACAACAGAGGGCCUAUUUGCCUCAGGCUUGUCCGUACUGGUCGUCAGGAUCUCUCUCUUUCCAGCCACCGUAGGAAUGGAGAGAGACUCGGCGCGAUCCUGAAAAGCAGUGAAAUUUAUGAUCUUAGAAGAAUGUUGGUGAGUCGACGAAAAUGAUAAUAUAUUCCGGCUUCAAGUGGGAGCACAGGAUGUGGAAUGUUGAGUUCAUAAUAAUCUUGUGUUUUGAAUCCAUAGGGGAAAACAUGGGAUUUAAACUUUACCGAGAAAGAAUGGGAGAUGAGUUAUAUUUCAAGAAAAUGAAAGAGGCCGACGAGGUAUGUCUAUUUCUGAUGCAUUCAAGAUCAGGGAAAAUGUUAAUUCCCACAGGCGAACCCAGCAGUGUAUUAUCCAUAGAAAACAAUGCAAACAAAAAAUUUCGGGACACCUUGAUGAAAAAAUCUUCAAAUAGCCACGGGGUGCAGGCUGCCUCUUUGUAAUCCGUGACUUUAACUGAAAUAGCUCUACUCCGUCGCUGAUUGGUCGGCUUAUAUAGUACUUUCCGAUCAGGGACUUCUAUUUUGAGUCAAGGCUGCUAACCCAAAAUAAAAAGUUAGACUUCAUUUGGAUUUCUCUUAUGUAAAAGUGUAUUUUAGAAAAAGGAUUUUGGCGGUGUCGGCUUAAAAUAAAACAGGUGUUGGCAUAAGGUGUGGACAAACUAAAGGAGACAGAACAUUGACAAAUGAUAGCAAACAGGGGCAAAUAAACUAAACACUAUUUCUUGAAAAAGAUAUUGAAGAGAUUUUCUCGUGCAGCUAGUGACGUCUUGAAACAGCGGCUGAAGUCAGUUAUCAGCCUUAAUUAAGAGAUUAUGAUCUCUUGCAUAAAUUGAUUUGCAGACUGCUCCAACACAGUAGACGAAGGGGUCUUUCUUUGUCAUUAUACGGCAACAUAUCCCAACUUUUAAUAACGACUUAAUUUUAUGCGUUUUUAUUAGCCUCCACCUGACCCUGGACCCCUCAGUGCAUCACAAAUGGCUCGAUACGUCAAAAAGUACAAAACCCGUUUCGCCUUAAAAACUCUGAUUACUCGUCAACGUGGGACCCACGCUAAAGGUGUUGGGGCUAUAGGAACCGUAACAGUGGUAGAAAACCCUCUUCUUCCCGAGCACGAAUUCUUCAAAGUGGGGCACGUAUUCCCAGUCCGCCUCCGCCAUUCCAACCUCGUGCGAACGGAUGAUACUCAAUUAGACGUAAGGGCGGUGUCUCUGAAGUUUGCGGACAAUGAUUUCGACUCGCCGUUCGAUUUGAUGAUGCAUACGGGUGAAGAGGCUGCUUUUUGGAACAUAGUUAGUUUUGAUAGAAUGUUGACAGCAUUGGCUGGGGGUCCAAAACUAUUCAAAGCUUUCUGCUUGGAGGAUCCAUGGCAGUAAGUCCGUCAAGAUUUUUUUAAAUUACAUUACAUAUCAGACAUAGAAUGCUCAGAGGCUUUUGUGUAUCGUACUUUUAUUUAUAUUUUAUAACAUGUUUAUAUUGGAAAAUAUUGACUUUGAUACGAUAUAAAUCGGGUUAAAUCGACCAGUUCUCGAUUUCAUGGGAGAGUGAAAACGGAAUUAUGCUCAUUCAAAGGUGCAGUAAAAGAGACUACGCUCUGUAAAAUUAUAUAAAGAAAAAAAUGUCUUACAAGAUGCCUAUAUUGACUCUUUAGACGUUUUUAACUGGCUAAUAACUUUGCCUCCAGCUUCCACUUAGCCAUAGCAGUUUUCCGACGAGCUCCUAAGUCGUUUACUGAUCAGCGGUAUUACUCGUGGAUGGCGUUUGAAUACAAAGCGAAAGAUGGUGUACCACGUUACGCAAAAUUUCGCCUCGUUCCCGCAGAUGACAGAGAGGAGACUGGUUUGAUGACAGAAUACGACCAACGGAAACCAUGGUAAUUUUUUUGUGUUAACAAUUUCCUUCCAUGAUCGUCCAAGGAUAUGAUUAUCGCUUGAGAGUUUCAUGAUCAGAUAGCAGUGAUAACAGCCGAGAUGGUCAAUACUGUAUGUCCAGCAACAACUCUCCCCAGCCCGAUUUGCCGAUGACAAGUUUAUACUACCUUUUUUCAUAUAACAUUGAGUAUUAUUAAUGAUAGGCAUGCUUCGAGGUGCAGCCUCUCAGACAAAGCAUGGAAGAAAUUAAGGGAAUACUUGGGACUUUGUUCGUUGAUUUGGUGGUGUAUCGGUCUCUUGUACUCUUGUUCUGUUGAUCAUUUGGUGUGUUUUUGUCUGCUGGUCUGUUUUAUUGCUAAUUUGAUGAGAAAUCAAGAUGAAUUGUUCACGAGAAAGUACUCAAUCAAAACCAAAUGGGACGUUCUAAACAGACGAAACUUCCUUCAUUCUAGGGUGCCUGCUAGAUGGGAAGACGAAAAGAGACCCGAGAGUUACUUAAUCCCAGAAUUCAUGAAUCAGAUUGCUGAAGGGGAAGUAAAAUACAAGCUUCAAAUACAACUGCACGAAAUAAAACCGGAUGACUCACAUCUAAUUUUGCACGCAGCCAGGGCUUGGGAUCAAAAAACACAUCCCUGGUUGGAUCUUGCUGAUGUCACUCUUACGUCAGUGUUGCCAAUAGAGAUAGUAGAGCGCACUCGUUAUUCAUUGGAACAUCGCCCCCUAUCGCUGGGCAUUCCUCCUGCUGACACAAUUUACGACUACAACUCCAUUGCUUACUUGAGGUCGAAAAUUUAUCCCACAUCGAAUAUGAUGAGUUCAAACAGGCCUCGUAAAAAGGUAUCGAGAGAGCAGAUGCUAUCCGAAGUUAGUUAUUGCGUCAAGGUGAAAACUGGAAAUCGUAAGGGAGCAGGAACUGAUGCGAAAGUUGCUUUGACGAUUACAGGUAAGCCUUCCAAAAGUACGAUGUACAAGAUGGUAGCAAUACGUUUUCAUUUGCCCCGCAAAUACAAGCGCAAUCAUGCACAACAUUAUCUCUCAUUCGUUUCUUAACCGUGGAAUAUAUCGGCAUGAUCAAUAACAAUAACAUGACAACCAGCAAAAACCAUAUAAGGCAAUUCAAAUCAUUUGUCUUUGCACUUAACCUUACUGAGUCUCCUGAGUGUUAUUAGUCUGGGAAAUAAAUACUUUAGCAUUUGUGUGUGGGUCGCCAGUGAAAACCAUGAUUGAUGGUAUAGCGGCCUUAAUCGAUUGCAAAGUUGUCUAAAGCAUGGGUCUUCCUCAAAAUUCUUCUUCUCUUCAUUCUUAUUUUCGGAAGUUCUCUACGUGUAAUGUCUGCAACACUAAAAGGAUUUUACACGUAGCGUAUCACCGUAAAGAGUUGACUGUUACUGAUACCAGUAGUGUCAAAUAACAAAGUAGUCCUAUGAUUUCAUUCUUUAAUUUCAUUGUCAGGUUAAUGUCCCUAUACCAAUAACGGGUCAGUUUACAACGGGCUAUUUAUUUUAGCUGCUUUAUACCUUAAGGAUUCUUAGAAAAGAAGGUCACAUUAAGGUACUUGGGCUAAAGACCAAAUCUGUUUCUAGGGACUAAGGGAAGAACAAAGCCAGUUACCCUAGAAAAAUGGUAUCGCAAUAACUUUCAGAAAGGACAGGAAGACACUUACAUCAUUAAUGCAGAGGAUGUUGGCGAGCCUUUAAUUAUAAAACUCGAGAAUAACCAGGGUGUCGGAUUCCAUCGCUCCAGUGAUUGGUUCGUUGACAAGGUUGAGAUCAAUUGCAGCUCAAACAGUCAAACAGUUUACGAAUUUCCAUGCUACGGAUGGGUGCAGCAAGAGGCAGUUUUCUUUGAAGGGAAAGGUAGGUAGAAAACUACUUUCUUCUGCAUAAGUGUCACACGACUGAGCGGAGCCCAAAGCGUAUGGUCAGAAUUAAAAUUCUUCAUGCGAAAGAAAAGCUAAAUGACCAGACUUUGCAUGGUCGGUUGGGUCUUUGUUACUGGAGAGUUGUUGUAUAAAGUAAAUUUGUAUCGGCAAUUACAGAGUUGCAAUUGCAUUUGCGUCACUUUGCAUUGACAAAGUGUGCUACAACUUAGUUGAGCUUCCCUAAAGACCGGUGAACUUGUGACCUUUUUGUAAUUUCAAAAUAGCUGGAUAGUCCACACGAAGAAGCCAAAGAUUUAGAGUUAUGCACGAAUUUCUAAAGGUGAAAUUCAUCUUGACUCAUCCCUUUCUUUUCUCAUGAGACAAUUUAAAACUAACUUUCAUGAUGUGCAAUUUUGUCCCUUUUAGCAAAGUUGAUAACAGAUGAACAACACGAGGUACUGAAAAAGCAACGACGCCUUGAGGUUCAAAAGCGGCUAGAAAUAUACCAGUGGGGAGAUGAUCCCAAUUUUGACGGAUUUCCAGGGUUUAUCAAAUCCGAGAGCGUGAGGACACUUCCAAAAGACGUACGAUUUACAGAAGAAGCAAUCGAUGACCUCUACCAGGCAAAGCGAAAAGCGUUAAUCAACCUAGGGCUGGUUAAAUUGCUGAACAUGUUUGAGUCUUGGGAAGAUUUUCAUGAUUUCAAGAAGGUAACAGAUUAACACUACAGAAUUGAUGCCCAAUUUCAGAUCUUGAACAUUCUCAUUUUCAGAUGCUAACAAACACUACUUUUUAGGCGUUCGUCUCUUUUGUUGGAGAGGUUCCUCUGGCCUCCAAGCGCUGGCAAGAUGACCGUUUCUACGGAGCACAGUUCCUUAACGGCUGCAAUCCUGACACGAUCAUGCGAUGCUCAAAACUUCCCUCCAACUUUCCCGUGACACAAGAGUUGGUUGGCAAUCUCCUAGAUGCGGGUGAUACACUGCAAAACGCAAUAAAGGUACGGAUCUCUACUCUUCACUGAGUAUCAAAUUCGAUCGUUAGUAUCAAAUAUCUAGAUAAAUGUCAAGAACUCAGGAACUUUUAGGGAGAACAAGACAGUAAACAUCUGUAACGUAGAGAAGUACAGCAGUUUUCAAUUGAGUGUCCCUAUACCUGUCACUUAAUUGAAAAGUAAUUCCCUCAACCAAUCAUAACAAAGGUUUCAUCAUCAUUAGCCAAUGAGACCUAAGAGUGAAAAGAAGCAAAUUGCUUGAAGUGCGGAAAAACGUGAGUUAUCAAGUUUUUAGUUUUACAUCUUAUUGGUUGAAAGGAUGGCGCAAGUCUUCUGGACCAAUCACAGAGCAGGGUUAAGUUAAACCAAAGCAAUCACGGAUCACUUUUGACAUGCACUCAAUUGCAAAUUGUUGAAUGACCAAAGGCUUCCCCAACUAAAAUUUAAUUUUGUGGUGUCGGAAAAAAAACCUUUCUAAUAGGAUCCGGAAGCAAAAUAAACAAAUUGAAUUAUAUACUCCAAUGGAUUUUUUGAGAGCAUUUCUCACUCUAGCUUGCAAUUCACCAGAAAACUAUCCCUUUUCUAAAGAGGAACAAUUACUUUCCGAGGAAGAUGUCGGCAAUAAGAGUUCUUUGUAUGGAACAUUAAGUAAAGGCUUUUAUCACUGUAUCAUUUUCAGGAUGGCCGUGUGUACAUGGUAGAUUACGAGAUUCUUGACGACAUUCCACAUUAUGGCCAAAACGAUUCAAAACUAGAAAGGCGCUACACGUCUGCAUCUUUAGGUUUGUUCUAUGUUCGAGGUAGUGGGGAUGUAGUGCCAAUAGCAAUUCAGUUCCAUCAAGAGCCAAGUGAGACAAACCCAAUAUGGACCCCAAAUGAUUCUGAGCUAGACUGGACCUACGCCAAAAUGUGGCUUCGCAAUGCUGACUCACAAUGGCAUCAAGUAAGUCUUAAAAUGUCAGUCCUGUAUUUCGAAUCCUAGCAAGACAAUACUACCCUUUUGAAUCAAUGUUUCUGUCUUAACGUAUUUCUCUCAAUAUUUCUUAUAGAAUUUGAUCGAAAUUUCCUUUGCAUUAACAGAUGAUAACCCAUCUACUUCGUACUCAUCUUUUCAUGGAGCCUGUCGCUCUUGCCAGCAGGAGGCAAUUGCCAGCACUCCACCCCUUGUGGAAAUUAUUGUCCCCUCACGUGAGAGGAGUUCUGGCCAUCAACACGCUUGGAAGAGAGAGACUUAUUCCUGCCGGAGGUGUGGCGGACAACACGCUUAGCCUGGGUGGUGGAGGUAAGGCCAAUGGAGUGUACAUUAAAUAUGAAAGCGACCUUCGUAAACAUUACUGAAGUAGUAGUGAAAAUAAUGCCUGAAAAAAUUCAGGCUUGUACGGGAUGUGAACCCAUGACCUCUGCGAUACCGGUGCGGUGCACUACCAAAUAGGAGCUGCUUUUUAUGUUGGUUCGUAGUACACUCGCGAAGUGAUGGAUCAAUGACUGUGAAUAUAUUAAAAUUAUUUUUGAGAAUUUUUUUUUUCAGAUGUUCUGAAUUUUUUUCAGGCGUUUAAUUUUUAUUUCUGCUUAAGUAAUGUUCAUCACUGCGAAGAUCGCUUACAUUUUCAUUUCUAAAACCGCAGUUCACAAGUAUGAUAUUUAUACGUUAAAAGUGGUUGAAGUGUACAUGGUUACAAAAAUUUAGGAUCUAUUUUCCCUCAGUGGUGUUCUUAGUGCUGGGACUGGCGCAGAAGAGCAAAUCAAUGAAACGUAUUUAAAUGAAAAUAUUAUGGGUGUUAACCCUUAAAUUGGAGAGAGGAAGACCAGUGGAAUUCUGGCUUUUCUAUUCAGGGUUCAUACCACUCAAUCAGGUUGCGUCCAGUCUUUAAUGUUGCCUUAAUGCCAUACAAAAGGAUGGUGGCCAAAGACUAAAUGAGUGCAAUGUAUGAUCGCCAGUUUUGCUCUAUAGACGUGGAUGAGGCUACUCUUUAGCUGAGGAAAUUUAAAGAUUAUUUAUUUUACAGUGCAUGGUGUCUUCUUAUCCCCAGGUCACAUAGCUCUUAUGAAGAAGUAUUACAAGAGCUUAAGCUGGUCAUCGUAUGACCUUCCCAAAGUGUUAAAAGAGAGAGGGGUUUUUGAUGCAAAUAAGCUUCCUGGCUUCCACUAUCGAGACGACGCCUUACGUCUGUGGCAGGCUAUCGGCGAUUUCAUCAAAGACAUUCUAUCAGUUUACUACCAUUCUGAUCAUGACAUUCAAAUGGCAAGUAUUGUGUUUGUGUUACAUCCCAGUGUCCCUCUGAGGUUAAAAAAAAAAGUUCUCGUGAAUGCUCUUUAUAUUCUAGUGUUCUUCUUGUACGUCAUUAGGUUAAAACCCUGGACGUACUCAUCCUUCAUAUUUCUUUUAGCAUUUUUCUUAAAACCGCAUGCAAACAUAUCCACUCUAAAUACUAAGCAGUUCUAGACGACUCGUGUAUCUGAGAGUCGUUGCUCGUUGGGAUAUAGCUUAUUGCUGCAUCGUCAGCCAUUAAUUCUCAACGAAUAUAUCUAUAUCUCUUAAAUGCAAAAGCAACGAUUCCAACUGUUUCAACCAGGUCUUUUGAAAUAAUGGUUUAACAACUCUUCACAGGACACAGAGCUCCAAGCGUGGAUUCUGGAUCUCCACAACAAUGGUUAUCCUGUGCGUAACGGGGAGACAUGUCAUGGCUUCCCUGUAUCGGUUAAUAGCAUCCCAGAGCUGACACAUCUGCUGACUAUCAUAAUCUUCACCUGCUCGUGCCAACACGCGGCUGUGAAUUUUUCUCAAAUGGAUACUUUUGGUUUCCCGCCAAACGCUCCCGCUCUGAUGCGACAGCCGCCUCCCACAAGGAAGGGAGUUGUAACCAUAAAAGAUGUCAUGAAAUGUUUACCAACAAAGCAUCAGGCGGGAGUAACCAUAGCAACAGUGUAUGAUUUGACACGCAUCUUUCCAGACGAGGUAAUUUUAAUUCAGGUCAGCCUGAUUCAAAAUAUGACCAGGGGAUGUGGGGAAGAUAGCCAAAUUGAUCAAAAUGCGACAUAUUUAAGUAUCCAUUAUUGUGAAUGGUGCUGGAUAUUGGUUGAAUUCAAGUUUGAACACGAGACUCACUGUUACCAAAGAUUGUUCAGGUUACGGUAGCUUCAAGAAACAAUUAGGAGUUGCCACGAGACUAGGAUAAGUUGAGGCAUGUCAAUCAAAGGUCACCCCCAGCAUUUUAAAGGGUUUGACUCACAGUUAACGACCCUUGGAACCCAUUUAUCUUCCUGGUCGGAGGGAGACUAAAAGUCUCAUCGACCUCUUUAUCGGACAAAGCUGACGUGCUGACUUAUGGAUAACUCUUCCUACCUUCACUUAUUAAAAAAUCAUCCGUUUUUUUUCUCCCCAAGCGUUUCCUUGGUGACUAUACGGACGGCCUAUUCACCGACAACGCUGCAUUGGAAGCAAUUCUACGCUUUCAAGGAAAGCUCAAUGAGAUUUCCAGCGCAAUAAAGGAAAGAAAUAAACGGUUAGAGGUCCCUUACGAAUAUCUUCUGCCAGAGAGAACACCAAACAGUAUAGCCAUUUAGAGAUACUACAAAAGAGAACAGAAUGGCCAGAAUACUUGUCGAAUAAAUGACUAACUACAUCAUGGAAGAAAGCUACCAUACCAAAACUUCGUUGUUACUGAGGGGUUAAUCUAUAUCUAUGUCUAUAACCAGAUAGGAAACAAAGUUUACACUGCUUCUUUUAUUAUAGAAAAUGGAAAUGUUAAAUAACGGAAGAGCUAACCAGAAGAAUAUUUGGCAAUUUUCUAGUGAUACUAGCGACAUCAUCUGCUACCUUUUUGGUUAAUUUUACCAUUCCACCAAUAUUUGUAAAAUGCUGUUAUCGUUUAGGCAAUUAUUUUAAUGAUCAUAAUCGAGGAACUCGGAGUAUCCCUCUCAUUGAAUGCACUCCGAUUGCGUUGCAUUGUGGUAGCGUUAUUUUCAACAUGGUGGUGAAAGUGGCAGAAAUCAAAUAAGUUGGGGUGUUCCUUUUUCCUUUCACCACGGGUAAAUUAUAUUUGAUUUAUUCUGAAUGUUUAUAGGUGUUCUCUGUACGUAUUUGCCGCGUAUUCAAUCGUUCUCAAGGACAAACACAUUCACUGAUUUUUAAUUUGCUUUGAUCCUUCUUUAACAGCUCUGACCAAACGCUCUCCAACGGUACUCGUGUUUUAUUCAUUUUAAGUGCUGAUGUUCGAGACCGGCUAAGGCCGCAAAAGGCUUGUUGGUGUGUGUGUAGUGUAUUGCGUUACAUAACGUCACUAUUGUAGGGACAUUUCCUAUAUCUACUUAAUCGUAUUGUAAUUUUACUUUCUUUAAUAAAAGUAAAUCAAAUAAUCGCCAGUAUUGUAUGCUAAAUCUACUAUCUUAAUCAAAGAGAGACAAUUGAAUCAGCAAUGAAAGGAGUCACUUAACCGAAUGAGUAACUUAACAUUGCUCAAGUAGACAAGCCCGGUAAGCCAGUCAAGCGUUUAAGAAAGGUGUUUGACUGGCCAGAGCAACUCCUGCCAUUCGCUAGCGCUUUUAAAUCUGCUUCCUUCAAUUUAAGCGCUUAUUAGGAUAAGCCAGAUGAGAUUGUGUUACAAAAGGUAAUAUUUUCUUCUAUGUAAUUUGUUUUUGUUAAGUGUACUUUCUAUCUCGCAAAAAAUAACUCAAGAUACUUUUCUCAAAACCUUCAUCUAGAUAUCCUCUAUUCUUUGAGCGUAUUUUGAAACUUUGUGCGUUUAUAUUAAACAUGGAUCGUGACGAAUUAGUUCUCAAGAGGCGUAGCGCUUCUUUUUUUACGGACUUCGUAUUCCGACGCCCGGUGAAUGACACGAAAAAAAAGAGUUCGUGGUCUAAAAGGUCUAUGUUAUGCGUUUGCGUGUCAAGGGUCGAUUCCCUGUGAAAUAAUCGUGUUUAGAAAUGUAAUUUGUGAAUUUGAUAUUAUUUAUAAAGCUAUCGGCUGAGAGUGUAACUGUUGCCAUUUCUGCAGUUUCAAUUCUUUAUGAAUCUUGUCAGUUCCUUCCUAGGAACAAAUUCGUCGCGGUGGAAUGACAGGAGUCGCGCAGGCCCAUCAACACUUUUAAACUUUCGAAGGAAUGACAACAAACGAUGAAUCCUCAUUGCAUUCCAUGUAUAUUCACGCUAUUUUUUCGCUGUCAUCUAACAUGUUCACCCGACCACGACAACAUGCAUAUGACUUCCUGUUUCUUUUACGACCAUGAUGCAACGUCAUCAGUGCGCGCACACCGCCUGGUUAUCACCUCAACAGGGGAACUGAGUAGAAAAGAAGUCAACAUGUUCGCAAAAAAGGUCAAAGCCCCUCAGGAAAAUUCAGCUCCCGCGUUGAAAAAGCCGCUGAUCCUCUUUGCUCGAUCGCCGUUUCCUUUUCUUGUUCCAGUGAUUUCUUACUGUUUCCUUUUCCUUGUUUUUUUUUACCUCCUACUCCACGAUCCACACAUUCCAUUCCAUAUUUUACCAUUUUCAUUUCAGUGCACCCUGUCGCUGUUCCCUUCUCCCUCUUAUUGUUUUUCUAUUCCAUGAGCACUCACUUUUUUUGUCGCUAUCUCCUCCCCACUCCACCUCCUCGUUCGCACUUUCACUAACAGCUAAUUUAGAGAAAAAGCUACAUGAACUCAAUACGUUAAUAGUCUGUGGGCCAGCUAAUCAUGUAUUAAAUUUACAGUAAUUUUCUGGAAUACGCAAUCGAUUAGUGUGAUACACUUAAAGUGAAUAACAGAUCCCCCGAAAAUGGUGGAUUCAUCGGUGAAAUGUGGUCAUAAGUUUCAGAAUGAAUUGAUUUACCAUUCUGUCAUUCACUAGUGUUGGAGAACUACAAAACGUAAACAGAAGAUAUGCAUUGUUUAUAAGGUCAGCACAACUUCCGCUGGAGUACGCUAAUUGCAUCCCAAUACGUGCCGAAACAACUUUUGAAAGAAUUGAGAAGAUUUUCCCUAUAUCAACUACGAGGUUCAAAAAAAUUUUAAAAAUUGUAGUUAGCUCAUUCAAAGUCAGCAUUACCUUCUUUUUUUCUUUUUGGUAACGAACCUGAGCUCCGAAAUGUAACUGAAGUACCUGCAUUGUGUCUGUGUUGUGUUCUAGUCUACCUCUCAUAAAUUGUAAUAGCCUCACCUGGUGUAAGUAAAUAUUGUUUAGUAUGUAGAGUAAGCUAAUAAUUGAUUUAAAAUUCGUAAUGCAAGUGGAGUAGGAAUCGUAUAAUUUGUAUUGCAAGCUAGUAUUAGAGAAAAAAUCAUUUUUAAGUAGUCUUAAACAUGAGUAUUGAUAAAUAUAUAUAGAAAAACCGGGGGGUAGUAUUGUAAGUAACGUGUACAUUGUUAGUAUCGUAAUUAUUGUAAGUGAUUUUACGUAGAGUUAGUAUGGCUCUGUUGUAUGUAAGUUGAAAGAUAGUCUUUAAAGACAACUUCUGAAAAAAAAAAAAAAAAACCUACGAGAUUCAUUCUCUUCUUAGUUUUUCCAAGGGAGUAGAGAUAUUAGAGAUAAUCAGUGAUAUCAAAGAAAAACCCGGAAAAAAUUGAGCCCCCCGUGGAGGUAAUCAUGAUAAAAAUCUAAAAUUUUUCCAUCGCGUUGGGGUGCAACCAACAAUCAAAUGAAUCAAAGCAACGCAACUUUUCAAAAUUUUCUUGGCUUUGUUACAGGAAAAUUGAUGAGGCUGCACUGGGUCAAAUAGAGUGCAUAAAAAGGUCAAAAAUCAAAAUAGAUUGGAUCUUCGAUCAACUCAGUUCUUAAAACCGUUUUAAUUGUGUAUGAAAUGCUACUCAGCAUUACUGAAUGCACUUUGUGCAAUGAGAAUAAUUUAGAAAUCUCUGAAAGAAGUUGAGCGUGGGCAUUAUGUGAAUAGCACGUUCCGUUGCUAUCAACAACAACCACAUGGUACACAGUAGUGUCCUUCAUUACGUGACAGAUAUGUUAUCAUCAGAGAACUCGCGCUGCCUUCAUUGUCCUCGUCAGACGUCAGUACGUGGGCAUAACUAUAGAGUUAUCCAAAGAAAAGAUUCCGAGGAUUGCGUCAUAAACAACAGUAUUACCAUAUAAACGCAACAUAAACAGUCAAGCGAAUGCAAAUGCAAAUACAGUACACAAUUCUCACUUAUAUUUAAAGUUUAUUCGCGGAUAAUAUUGCACCACAUAUUGCUAUCACAACUGCUGCAAGAGCAUUUUGAAAAAGAAAUGCAAGAUAACGUGACCGAGAAAUUUUUUUAAGUUGUAUCAAUUUUCAUUAUGGUUUGUCUUUAUAGGAGUUUUAAGCUUCAAUAAUGCGUUCCAUUUUACUUUUGAAUGUUUACAAGAGAGCAAUUAGCCAAGGUUCAAUGAUCUAAAGAAAGACCCAGAGUUGAUUAAGCUCCUCGAGGGCAUACUAAACAGGUUUGUUUACUGAGGGUUCUCUAUCGCUAGGAAACACGUAUUUUCAAUAUUUAUCUUAAAUGACGUGACGGAAACAACCAAAGACGAGGGUGUAAAGAUUCAAAGACAUGAGGGAAUAAACAAAAAAAAGAAACACAAUUUAGCAACAAGAUCUACACGGUGAAAACGUUUCAAAGGUACGUGUUAAGCGCUGCGACUUGCAUGUGUCGCCGAAGGGUCCUGUAGAAUGUUUCAAGACAAACUAGUCUAUCGUCACGAGCUCAAAUGAUUUUAACCUUGCUUAUGAGCAAUUCGUACCCUCUUCAUUUUGACACUGUACUCUGCACAUUUCGUCUUAACUCACGGACAGCUCCCGUCGUCCGAUAAAUAAAAUGUUUCAUUUCAUCAGCGAAGCAAUGUAUCACCAGGCCGUUAAACGAAACGAGAUGAGAUGACUCAAAAGAGAGACCCAAGGCUUAGCCGACUCCACCUGACGAAAUGAGUUUUAAAGUCCUUGUAACUUACAAUGUGUUUUGAAAAUUACAACGGAAUCAGUUUUGUAGUCGAAUACGAGACGUGAGGGCGAACUAGCGUCGCUUUAGCCAUAGUAAGCAAAUUUAAUCAUAAAUUACGUUCAAAGAGCUCACUUUGCGAGUGCAAAUGAAAAAAACUGAUGGUAUUAUUAUUAUUAUUGUAUGAAGAAACGUUUAAAUAUCGUUUAAGUUGUUUCAGUAUCAAUUAUGCGCUAUUCCUGACGCUUCAUGGCGAAUUAGCCUUGCAAAUGCUUUUUCUCCUUUCUCACGUCACGACAAUAGAUUCCUGUUUUGAACAAUUUUAUCGGUGAUGUUCCGCUGGACGAAAAAGUCAAUGCACCAGUAAACAUGCAACGUGUUUGUCGUCUUUUAUUUUGCCCUUCAUUCCACGGAACAUGGACUGAGCCAGAUCAUGACAAAUUAGCUAAUGUUAUCUUUUUUACUUAUAACAUAAAAGCAGAAUAUCCAGGUAA